CAUUACCGGCACUGUUGGAGGUCCGCUCCUCCUGCAGAAUGACGCUGGACGUGGGUGCGGAGGAUGAGCUGCCCGACUGGGCAGCGGCCAAGGAAUUUUACCAGAAAUACGACCCUAAGGACAUCAUUGGCAGAGGAGUGAGCUCUGUAGUCCGCCGUUGCAUUCAUCGAGCUACUGGCCAUGAGUUUGCGGUGAAGAUCAUGGAGGUGACAGCCGAGCGACUGAGUCCUGAGCAGCUGGAGGAGGUGCGAGAAGCCACUCGGCGAGAGACGCACAUCCUUCGCCAGGUCGCUGGCCACCCCCACAUCAUCACUCUCAUCGAUUCCUACGAGUCUUCUAGCUUCAUGUUCCUGGUGUUUGACCUGAUGCGGAAGGGAGAGCUGUUUGACUAUCUUACAGAGAAGGUGGCCCUCUCAGAAAAGGAAGCCAGGUCCAUCAUGAGGUCUCUGCUGGAAGCAGUGAGCUUUCUUCAUGCCAACAACAUUGUGCACCGAGACCUGAAGCCUGAGAAUAUUCUCCUGGAUGACCACAUGCAGAUACGACUUUCAGAUUUUGGGUUCUCCUGCCACUUGGAACCUGGAGAGAAGCUUCGAGAACUGUGUGGGACCCCAGGGUAUCUAGCACCAGAGAUCCUUAAAUGCUCCAUGGAUGAAACCCAUCCCGGUUACGGCAAGGAGGUCGACCUCUGGGCCUGCGGGGUGAUCUUGUUCACACUCCUGGCUGGCUCACCACCAUUCUGGCACCGGCGCCAGAUCCUGAUGUUACGCAUGAUCAUGGAGGGCCGGUACCAGUUUAGUUCACCUGAGUGGGAUGACCGCUCGAACACCGUCAAAGACCUGAUCUCACGGCUGCUGCAGGUGAAUCCUGAGGAGCGCCUGACAGCUGAGCAAGCUUUACAACACCCCUUCUUUGAGCGUUGUGAAGGCAGCCAACCUUGGAAUCUCACCCCCCGCCAGCGGUUCCGGGUGGCAGUGUGGACGGUGCUUGCUGCUGGACGAGUUGCCUUAAGCACCCAACGUGUGCGGCCGCUGACCAAAAGCGCACUGUUGAGAGACCCUUACGCACUGCGUCCAGUGCGGCGCCUCAUCGACAGCUGUGCCUUCCGACUCUAUGGGCAUUGGGUGAAGAAGGGUGAGCAGCAGAACCGGGCGGCCCUCUUCCAGCACCGGCCCCCUGGACCUUUUCCCACUAUGGGCACUGAAGAGGAGGGAGACUCGGCUCCCAUCACUGAAGAUGAGGCCAUGCUGGUACUGGGUUAACUUCUCAGCCCUGAGGACUCUCUAGGAGAAUUUUUGUCAUUCCAGCCCCUCUGGGCUCUGGUCUCAAGCCCCCAGCCUGGCUAGGCGCACCUCUAAUCGUAAAGAUCGGCCCUGCACACCUGUUACCACUGGCCAAGGCUUUAAGAUCAGAGCUGAGGUAGAAGGAAGCCACUCAGAAUGCCAUGCCCAGCCUUGUCAGAGCUGCUAUGCAAUAAAGCCUGCUUCGUGAUAGGAAAGCUGUCUGGUAUCUGGCUUCAGCAGGGAAGCCCAGAAGGUGCUCAGG